CUUUAACUAUUACAUAUGGCGGAUUGGAAUAACCAAUCAGAACUCUUACUGGAGAAACUCUAACUUCAUCAACUAACGUUCCAUCAUCUAUGAUUGAAGAAUUUUGGAGUUUUAUUCACAGAUUUAUACCGGCAAUAUUAUUGUAUAUAUAUAAUAUUGACAUACACUUUCUAAAAUGGCAAGUAAAACAUUAAUUAAUUUAACUAGAAUGUCGAAAAUAUUUCAACCUAUGGGUGUAUCAUCCGAUACUGGAGAAAAGACAGAAAUAUCUCGAAGUCACAAGUUAAUGAUUAAUUAUGGAAUUAUUAAACCAGUUAGCAUCGGCAUGUAUGCUCUGUUGCCAUUGGGAAUGCGGAUCUUGAAUAAAUUGAUAAACCUUGUGGACAAGGAAAUGACAAAUCUUGGUGCAGAAAAGAUAUUGUUUCCAGCAUUGACUUCCACCUCACUAUGGAAAAAAACUAACAGAUAUAACUCUAAUAAAGCCGAAUUAUUUACAGUCAAAGAUAGACAUGAAAAAGAAUAUUUAUUAAGUCCAACAUAUGAAGAAGCAAUCUGUGAUUUAAUAUCAUCAACAGGACAUAUUUCAACUAAAUUAUUACCCUUGAGAUUAUAUCAAAUAUCUAGCAAAUGGCGAGAUGAAAUGAAACCACGACUCGGUUUCCUACGAAGCAGAGAAUUUAUUAUGAAGGACCUGUAUACAUUUGAUACUAACUUGGAUAAUGCAAAAUAUACAUAUGAUUUAGUCUGCGAGUCUUAUAAUAAUAUUUUUAAGCAAAUCGGCAUAAAAUAUGAAAAAGUCGUAGGUGAUGUGGGAACAAUUGGAGGUUUAGUAUCACAUGAAUAUCAUUAUGUAUCUAAUGUCGGUGAAGAUGUCAUACUUCAAUGCCCCUCGUGCUAUUUCUCUAUUAAUCAAACUAUUUCUGAGACGACGAGUUGUCCAAAGUGUAAAAACGAACUACAGCAAUAUAAUGCUGCUGAGAUAGGACACACAUUUUUAUUAAAUACAAAGUAUUCGCAACCAUUAAAGGCAAUGUUUAUGGAGCAACAUGAAUUGAAACCCUUGGUAAUGGGUUGUUUUGGUCUAGGAUUAAGUCGAAUUCUUAUGUUAACUGUUGAAAUCUUAUCAACAAAUAACGAGAUAAGAUGGCCAGUGAAAUUAGCACCAUAUACAGUAUGCAUAAUACCACCAAAGGCUGGUAGUAAAGAAGAAAACGCCUCUAAUUAUGUUGAGCGGCUGUUCGAAAUUCUCUGCAAACACGAUAUCGACGUAAUACUGGAUGAUCGUACAAAUUUAACGAUCGGUAAACGAUUUGUAUUUGCGCGUGCAGUAGGCUAUCCUUAUGUAAUUAUUGUUGGCAAAGCUGCAACUCGAUCAAUACCCUUAUUCGAAGUACACGAUAUAAACAAUUCGGUUUGCAAUGACUUAUCAUUGGAACAGAUAAGUCAUUAUUUUGACAGUAUAAAUUUAAAAAAUUAGACAGACAUGUAUAGUAUUCAUUUAGAA